UAAUGUCAAAAUGUUUACAACAAAACCACAAACAUUCAUGAAAUGGAUUUUAACUUGCUCUAUUGCAAGACGGAUUUCAUGCAAAGGUGAAGAUGAUUAAGUUAUCGUGUCUACUUGUCAUAGCUGGUGUGCUUCUGACAACAUGCGUGGGACAAUGGCCGCUUGGUCCAGAAUUUUACAGAGGCAUGGACCAGCUGAACAGAAAUCUUAACGAUAUGACGGUUAGACUAGAAUCCAUGGGAGAAAGAAUAGCGAGAGAAAAUGCGGCUCGACAAGCAAGCGGCAUCUCGGUAUCGCAGGGAAGCGUGUAUGUUAGCAACGGCAACGGAGUAUAUAUGACAGGAACUGGUGGUCUUGUGAUGCAGGACGAUAUAAGAAGAGCACAAAACGGUAUUCCUUUCGGGAACGGGGGUACGGUAUUUAUCACAGCCUCGGGAGGUUUAGGAUAUGCCUACAACUCUUCCGAUGGGUCGUUCACAAUGUACUCUUUAGGAAAUGACAGUCCACCGCGUGGCUACAUGUACCAUGUGGGACCGCACAGGACGUCUUUCCGAAACUGGUGAUCAACUAAUUCACAGAAACUUUGUAAAGCAACGGAAGUCAAACAGCAUCACAAUAUAUAAUAAAAACUGCAAGGAAUUACAUCACCGUGCAUGAUUAUAAACUUGCAAUGUACAAAGCUUCUGCUGACUUCCUAACGGUUUUUCUUCCUAAUUUUCUUUUUUAUAUAAUUUUUCAACAAUAGAUAAAAGGUAGUAUUAUACAUGACUUUUUAAAAAGAUAUAUUUGUAAUGUUAUUUUAUUUUAACUGUCCAUCUUUAUGAGGGUCAUUCUGGAAUUUUAUACAGUCAUCGAUCACGUAAUUUUUAGAUACUAUAGUUAGUUUGAAAGCAACGUGCAGGGAUUUUUAGUAAAACGUUUUUGUCAUAAAAUCAAAAGUUAUGAAACAUAUUUCAACAUAAAUCAAAAAUCGUUACUUAGUCUACUACCGCCCUAUGAGACCUAUAGAACAAUGUAUGAAUUAUGAACUUUUCUUGCAAGUUUAACAAAAUUAUAACAGAACAGAACAGAACAGAAUUUUAUUUCACUUGAACUAAAAGUUCCUCGUGAUAUAACAGAAAAAACGUUUUAAGGUUAAUUUAAACUGAAAUCACGGUUUUCUUCGGAAGUUAUUAUAAAUACUCUACGUCUAGUUGGCAUCAUCUGUUUUGCUAGUGAGAGAGAGAAAAAAAUGUGUUUCACUUUGGAAAAACACGAAGAAGAAAAACUGUUCUUUAACAUAUAGUGAAUAUGAAAAAAAUACAGUUUUAAACUUUUAUGUUUGUAAAGUAAUUAACAGAAAGAAGGACUUGAACUGUUUGUUGCGCAACAUCCAAAGUCGUCGUUUUGGUCCCGCACUGUGUUUUUUAUAUGUGUCAAAUAAACAAGUUCGGUUAUAAACAGUGCCACAAAAUAUUUCAUGUCAGUCUUUGCGUGGAUGGCUAGAUUGUAUAAAGGCAGAUGAAAGAGUUAGGUGAAACGGAGCUUUACUUAGGAUGUCCUACGACUGAAGGGGUGUCCGUUUUCGUGUACAUGUUGAUAGCAAAUUAUUAAUCUUUAAAAGCAUCUUACGGAAUGACGCUUACAGCAAUGCUUUAUUCGAAAAAUAAUAAUAAAAAAUGUUUAAAUUUUG